CUUCAUGGAAGCUCAUAAUAAACGAAAUGCAUUCUAGCUGGAUUCAUUUUCUGGGACUGCUGGCCCUGUUUCUUUUCGCUACCCUGGCUCCAGGGGAUGCUUCCCCCUUCGACGAGAGACGCCACAGAGGAUGGAAUCCAGGGCCCAGACCAAUACCGCAGAUUCCCACUACACCACCUUUUAAUCCUUAUGGAUAGGGCAACAUCUGCAUAUCUAAGAACUUAAUAAAUAUAGAAAAAUA